AUGGCUGCCCUCGUCAUGCUCUCUGUUGCUGUCCUCCUCGGCCUCCUACUGCCUUCCUCCACAGCCGACAGAUGUUUUCUCAGAAACGGCGAAACGCUGAAGAACGGCGAUUCCCUCACCCAAGGGGACUAUGCCUUGACCAUGCAGACCGACUGCGGCCUGGUGUUGUACCACAACGGCCAGCCCGUGCGGAACAUCUCUGAAGAUACCAUCGGCAAAGGCGAAAACUGCCUCCUCCACCUUCAUGACAACGGCGACCUCGCAAUCUACAACUAUAAGGACGAAAUCCCGAUAUUUAUUUGGGCGACCGGCACCAACGGCGUCGAUGGGCAUUACAUCCUUGUCCUGAUGACCGACGCCGUCGCCAUCUAUGGCCCCGAAAAAAUAUUUUACGACGGCCCCUACUUGCAACCCAAGAACAGGAAGAUCGCCAUGAAACAAAAGACUGACAAUUUUGAACUAGAAAAGGUUCAAGGAGAAAUUGCUAAAUGUAAAAGACAAUUAGAUUUUGCUGAAGAGGCUAUAGUCUAG